AUUCAGAUUCAAAAAACUUUAUUGUCUGUCGUAACAGAAAAUCUUCUUUGACGUGACGAUUCCAAUUAUAAUUAGGAAUGCAUGUGGACCUGUUGUGCUUGUGUGUAUAUUGUGCCAUCAAGAAAGAACUGACAUACAGGCCUAUUGCCUUUGUGACCUGCAAGGCUUUGGAGGAGGAAUCCGACACAGCGAAGACAAGUGUUCACAUCAUUCCCAUCAGAGACGGUAAACUUCGGUCUUGGUGCAGUGAUGUCACAGCUGCCGUGGUCAAAGUGCACAGAUUGCGACGUGAAAGGACCUAGGGAGCCUAGGGAGGAUCCAUAGGCCCCCCAGCGGAUGUGUCGGUCCGAAGUCCACAACUCUAUCAGAAGCCAGGAGAGAGAGGGUUGGGAUAGAGAGGGACUGCAGUCAAACAACGAGUAAGUAUUACUGAUGAGUUUAGGUUCAGCACAGUGGUCAUCAUCGUAACAAGACCGUAGCACAACGACGGUGGGGCCAGGUUAGACAUUAAACAGCAGCUUGAGAAGAUGGACAUCCUGGAGACCCACGCCUACGACCGGAGACAGCGGCGAAACAUGUCCUGUGCUCUGUUGCUAUCGCUCUCGCCGUUCUUCUUGGCGUCAGCCGCCUACCUCUUCCUGUGGGCCCAUGACGCCUCCCCCCCCUCCAUCAUCAUUGCGGGGUUCAAAGCGGCGCCCGUGCUCCUAUUAGCGGCAAUGGUGCUUGGCUGGAACGGGUGGAAGAGCCUGGCAGGCGUGGCUGGGGGCCUGCUGCUGUCGGCCGUGGGAGACUUCUGCCUAGUGUGGCCAGAGCUCUUCAUCCAUGGGAUGGGUGCAUUCGCCGCGGCACAUCUUCUGUUCUCACUGGCCUUCCUCACCGCCCGCUACGUCCCGCGUAGCCGCUCUUCCUCACUAAGCGUCCUCCUCUACAUCGUCAUGUUUGGUCUGGGAGCUGCCUUCUACGGCUACAUCUACCCGUUCCUACGAAAAGCCCCCGACUCGGAACUCCUAACCCCCGGCGUUGGCGUCUACGUGGGUUUGCUCACCCUCAUGGCAAACCUAGCGCUCAGAACCAGCAAGGUUGUGACCAUAUUAGGGAGUUUGUCUUUCCUGGUCUCCGACAGCGUGCUGGCGCUACAGGUGUUUAAGGUGUGCUCGGCGAUGGAACACGGCCACGCGGUCGUCAUGGUUACGUAUUACCUGGCGCAGAUGCUGAUCGCCAUGGGUGACGUGUUGGCGGUGGAAGACCAGGAUGACUUUUCAAAAUGGAAGAGGUCUUAGUUUGGUGUUUCAGACCAGGUCCGGAUAUUCACCUUUGUUUGGUUGUGGCUCAAAACACGACAUCAGGGAAAAGUGGAUCACAAAUCUAAAGACUAUAAAAGGAAUGGUUGAUUCCCUUAUUAAUUUCUGAGUAUAUUGCUCCACUGUCCUUGCUUGAGACGAAAAUACUGUAGGCCUAUAUAUAUUUUAAAUCACUGACCCAUUGUGCCUUUCUGAUCGGCCCAUGUUUCCAAGUGAGGAAAUCUAGGCCAGCCCAUCACAAGUUUUUUUUACACAUUGUCGUUUUAUUUAAAAUAAAAUAAAACACAUUGGCCCUUUAAAUUCUUUAAUGUAAUUGGAUU